GGAUUUAGAGAGAGAUUUAGCUUUUUCCGGCAUUUGGGUCCCUUAAAGUCUCCGCCUUUGCCGUGUUGAAGUCCGAUGGCGAUAGGAGACCGCAAGAAGAUUAUCAUCGAUACUGAUCCUGGAAUCGAUGAUGCAAUGGCGAUAUUCGUGGCUUUAAAUUCACCAGAAGUUGAUGUCAUUGGCCUCACUACUAUCUUUGGAAACGUGUAUACCACUCUCGCCACUCGAAACGCCUUGCAUUUGUUGGAGGUUGCGGGUAGGACCGAUAUUCCGGUGGCUGAAGGAACACAAAAAACUUUCUUGAACGAUACGAAGCUUCGAAUUGCUGACUUUGUUCAUGGAAAAGAUGGGCUUGGCAACCAAAAUUUCCCUCCACCUAAAGGAAAACCAAUUGAAAAGUCUGGACCUGAGUUUUUAGUUGAACAAGCAAAGCUUUACCCUGGUGAAAUCACGGUUGUUGCUUUGGGACCACUAACAAAUAUCGCGUUGGCUAUUCAGCUUGAUCCAGAUUUUUCGAAAAAUGUCGGACAAAUUGUUCUUCUUGGUGGUGCAUUCGCAGUAAACGGAAAUGUAAAUCCAGCUUCGGAAGCUAAUAUUUUUGGCGAUCCAGAAGCUGCAGAUAUUGUGUUCACAUGUGGGGCCGAUAUAAUUGCUGUGGGGAUCAAUGUGACCCAUCAAGUUAUUAUGACAGCUAAUGACAAGGACAAACUGGCAGCAUCUAACGGAAAAUUUGCUCAAUAUCUCUGUAAAAUCCUUGAUGUAUACUAUGAUUAUCAUCUCACGGCUUACGAAAUCAAAGGUGUCUACCUUCAUGAUCCUGCGACGAUCCUUGCGGCUUUCCUUCCUUCUUUAUUCACUUAUACAGAAGGAGUAGCUAGAGUGCAGACAAGCGGUAUCACUAGGGGACUUACUUUAUUGUACAACAAUCCAAAGAAGUUUGAGGAAGAGAAUGAGUGGUCAGACAAACCAUCGGUAAAAGUGGCAGUGACGGUUGAUGCUCCUGCGGUCGUGAAGCUCAUAAUGGAUAGGCUUAUGGAGUCUUAGACCAUCUUGGCUCGUUAAUUAGUUAUCUCUUUCUCUUUGAUGUUUCAUUUAUUGUGAGCCAUUUCUCUUGUUUCCAACACAAACUUUGUUGAAAAUAAGGCUUUUCUUACUGCAUUAUUUUUACUCAAAAUCAUUUGAGUGCUUUUAUUGUUUUAAUCUUUAUCAAAGCGAAAUACUUAUUUUACCAAUUGAAGACCUACCAAUAAUAAAGUUUAAUCUGUCCC